GCUUGCGUAGCAGAGCUUGCUUCGUCGCAGCCCUAGAGCGAGCUCACUUUCCAGUGCCGGAGAGAGGCGAGGAGGGGAGAAGAGACUCACUCACUCACACUUACACACAUCAUCGCAUCAAGCCUCUCUCCGCACUAUGAGGUCAUGGAGGGUCGCAACGCGGGCCCUGGCCGUGAUUCGCAAUGCUCAGGGCGUGCGUGCACCACCGUCUGCGGCAGCGCCGCAGCUUGCCCCCUUUGUGCCUCAGAUUCAAAGACGAGAAGUUCCAAGUGUUAACUACUCUACUGCAACGUUUGCGCACGUGAAUACACCAGAUAACAACCCCGACUUGAAAUGGGAUUUUACUCCAGCGAACAUGGAAAAGGUCAAGGAGUUACUCUCUCAUUAUCCCAAGAAUUACAAGCAAUCCGCAGUUAUCCCGAUGCUUGACUUGGCGCAACAGCAGAAUGGUGGCUGGCUAUCUGUGCAGGCCAUGAAUAGGAUUGCAGAAAUUGUCGAUUACGCACCUAUUCGUGUAUACGAAGUGGCGACUUUUUACUCCAUGUUCAAUCGUCAACCAGUUGGCAAAUACCACCUAUUAGUGUGUGGAACAACACCAUGCAUGUUGCGUGGGUCUCGAGACAUCGAGGAUGCUCUUCUUAAGCACCUUCAUGUAGCCCGGAACGAGGUUACAAAGGAUGGUCUGUUCUCUGUCGGUGAGAUGGAGUGCAUGGGCUGCUGUGUGAAUGCCCCAAUGAUUGUUGUCGCCGACUACUCGAAUGGUGUAGAGGGUUACUCUUACAAUUACUAUGAGGAUUUGACACCUGAGCGAGUAGUGGAGUUGGUGGAGGAGCUGAAGCAAGGGAAGAAACCCAAGUGGGGCACGCAACAUCCAAAAAGAAUCAACUGUGGACCUGCAGGCGGUACUACUACUUUGCUGUCAGAACCCCAAGCACCGCCUUGUCGAGAUCUCGAUGCAUGUUAAUUGAUCACCUCGUGGGUAUCUUUUUGCGGGACACUUUAUUCCGGGUUCUAAGAUAACCAUUUUUCAAUAACCAACUUGCUUCCUUUUGCAGAAAGUAGGCUGUUGAUGUCAUUGCACUUUCCUUAGCCUCGCAAAGUUUUCGAAGUGAUGGUGCAACUGAUUGUCGAUGUUGCUAUGUCUUGAAGGUCUCCUGAAUGAUGUAGACCUAUAUCUUGCAUUCUAAAUUUGAAUCUCCAACAUUUCACAUCUA